CGUGCAUCAAGUCCGUUUCCCGCGAGUGUUAAUAAUUAAUCAAUCAAUUUAUAGGCUCGUUCGUUUAACCAGGACUACUGUCAGCACGAGCUGAAAAUUUGCUUUGACUUGCUACAGCAUGGGUGACUUUAUACCAACUCUUGGCUCCAAAAACAAAAAAAAUGCAGACCAGUUGGUCGAGGUUGUUAACUAUGAAGAGCCCAAAUGGGGUAAAUCCGAAAAACCAAUGAAAAAAGAGACAAAUGAUAACGGUGGUGGUGAUCAGGACAGUGUACAAAGUGCAAAAAAACGACAAGAAAGUGAAAUGAGAAAAUUUAAACAUGAUAUCAUGAAGUUUAGUAUGACUGGUUUUGAAAAGAGCAAGGCUCGCAAGGCUAAGGUUGCACUAGCUGUAAGCUUAGGUGCUGAGCCACCAAAAAAUAAAAAGAAACACUACAAAAAAUUGCUACGACAGAAAAAACAAGAAAAAUUAAGGGAAACCGCAUCUAAAGAAUUACCAUCUGGUUUUACAUCCACUCAACUAGAUAAGUUCAAAAGUAACAUUAAGAAAAACAAAAAAGUUAAAAAGACGAAGGGAAUCCUUGGAGUUUACGGUAAAGUGACUAAGAAUCAAUGA